CAAACUUAUACAAAUACAAAAAAAAAGCACUGAGAGCAUGAGUUAUAAGGCCACAGUUCAGUUUUGAGCUCUAAAGUGUUACUGUUCGUGUAAGUUGCCAAAACAACUUGAAACGAAGGCUUCCGGAGAUAUUACGAGGUAUUUGAGGUCACAGUGCUCUGAUCAGAAUGUUGGAGGACCAUCGCCGGAGGGAGGCCAACAUGAGGUGAGUCAUGGCUUGGCUGACAUAUAUGCGGCUUUGCGAAGAAAUCUCAGACGACCUGGUAGGCCUUGAGGUUAUACGCCGAUCUAUAGAGUUAGUGGAAUCAAAGCUGUUAUCGCUGAUAACCAGGUUUACAGGUGUUGAGAAGCGGGUUGACUACCCAGAAGUGACAGAUAGGGAACAAGAAGUCAACCCAUUAGCUUCCAAAGCGGAUAUUGACCAGCUAGCAGAUAAACUGGAGGACAUAGAGAACCGUAAUCUGCUUAACAAUCUCCGAUUCAUCGGCAUUCCAGAGGGAAAAGAGGGGCAGGAUAUCACCGCGUUCAUGGAUAAAGUAGUCUCGGAGCCUGUUGGCGGUCAAGAGGAAAAGGUUGAAAUAGAACAUGCACACAGAGCGCUGGGCCCUAGACCCAAUACCGGAGAUAGGCCUCGGCCUAUCCUCGCAAGGUUCCUCAGGUCAAAGGAUCGAGAUUUUGUGCUGCGAGCGGUGAGGGUCAAGGUCAAGUUUUCCUGGGACAACAAUCAUGUUAUGAUCUUCCUGGACUUCUCCAGACCCACGCAAGUAAAACAAGGAAAGUUUAAAGAAUGUAAAGAUGCUUCAGGGGUGGAAUGUGAGCUUUGCGCUGCUUUAACCAGCCAAGCUAAGAAUAGAGACAAAGGACGGUUUCAAGUUUUUUGUGUGCCCACGUAAACCAAGAAAAUUUAUUGAGGAGAUGGGGGAGUUUAACUAUGCUAGUUAAAUUGAGCAAGAUGUGAGUCGGGUUGUGUUUGUUAUUUUUUAAAAUCUUGCCAGAUUGCAUUGUACUGAAGCUACCUUAAUCUCACUAGGGCUGGCAUACUGUUAGUGUGCUGUGUUGACUGUGAAAUUGCACCGGCAUUGUUUCUGAGCAGAUAAAACUGGUCUGGGCGUUUCAUGGACCAUAAUCCUUUGUGGAAGGGAGGUUUGGCCGUGUUCUGUGGCCACUGUUGUGUGCGGGAGAGUUUUACGCGCCAUUUUGUUACUUUUCAGUUUAAACGGGGGUUUACGAGUGUCAAGAUAUUGUAGUGUAUUUGUUUGUUUGUCCGAAUAAUGACUUCUCCUAAUUCACAUAAAAUAUGUUUCACCACAUGGAAUGUUAACGGUCUGGGGAAUCCUAUAAAAAGGAGAAAAGUAAUGAAUAAGAGACAAAAAUGGGAUGUGGUAUUUCUACAGGAAACAUUUAUCAGCAGAGGAAUCAGUAAAGCUACUGGGGGGUUUUACAGAUCAUGUUUUUUACAGUGCAGGGUCAACUAAGAGCGGGGCGUUAUAAUACUUAUCAAUAGGCGGCUGCAGUUUAGAUGUGAGAAACAGAUCAAAGAUGAAGCAGGGAGAAUUCUUAUUAUCUUGGCAGAAGUACAGAAGCAACAUAUUAUUUUACCAAACAUAUAUGCACCUAAUAUAGAAGAUGCAGGAUUUUUUGUUGAUCUUGAAAGUUACAUUCUAUUGGAGCUUAUGAUAUCAUACUUGGGGGAGAUUUUAAUUUGGUAAUGGAUCCAAUCAUCGACCAUAGUAAGAUGUUGUCAUAUAGAACCUGAAAACUCACUGUGACAGUGCAAAAAAUGUGUAAAGCCCUCGGGCUUGUGGAUGUUUGGCGCCUUAUGUAUUCCAAUAGGAGGGAUUACACAUCUUUUUCUGCAGUUCAUAAAAUAUACACAGGAUUGAUCUCUUCCUUAUUCAGUCUGUGUCUCAAUGUGCAAGUAGUAAAAUUAUAAUAUCAGAUCAUGCUUGGGUUUGUCUAGAGACAACACCUCAGUACAGGAGAAUGCAGUCACAAAGAUGGAGAUUUAAUUCAUCCUUGUUACAAGAUUCAAUACUUAGGCAAGCUAUGAAACAACAAAUCAAGGAGUAUUUAGAGAUAAAUAUACCUCCGGCCUCCUCGGCAGGGACUAACUGGGAAGCCCUGAAGGCAGUUUUGAGGGGAUAUACUAUUCAACAUACCUCUUAUAUAAAAAAACAGAAUUAGAAAAUUAUAAACCUAGAAAAUAAAAUCAAAGAGAUUGAGACAGAAGUGAAGCAGCGGAUGUCAUCCAAAGAUUUGAGAGAACUAAUACGGCUGAAAUAUCAAUACAAUCCAAUAUUAUCCCAGAAAGUAGAAUUUUGGCUUUUCAGGGCAAGAAAAAGGCAAUUUGAAUCAGAGGAGAAAGCUGGCAAGGUGUAUAAAACAGAGAGAAUCAAUAGCUAUCAUCCCAGCUAUCAGAUCAGCAACAGGUGAUACUUUGAUGACACCUAAAGAUAUUAAUGAUGCAUUCCAAGAGUUUUAUAAGGACCUAUAUACAUCAACCCCCAACUCUAGUGAGGAAGAAAUUGAUAGCUUUCUAAGGCCA